AUGGCCACUGGGGGGGUCCGUGUCCUCGCAGGGGUCGUGGCGCCACCACCCUCCAUCCCCAUGGCCGGGAGGGGGCCGAGGGGCGGCCGGUGGCAAAGCCGCGUCCUCCCGCGGUGGGGACAGUGGCCUGAGCUCAUGUGCGAGCGCGGGUCGCAGGGGAAGAGCCUGUUCGGGGCUGUCAGCACUUGUGGGGCGCAGGAGGAAGCGGCGCCCGCGGCUCCGUCCCGCUCCCGGUGGGGCCCCCCCAGAGCUGGCGCUGCCCCCACCAGGAGGACACGGGCACCCCCCGCCAUGGCAGGCCGACUCCCAGCCCGCGGUGCCAGCCGGGAUCAGGACGUUGAGGACGCCCCCCGCUCCCCCCCGGCACUGUGGGUGCCCCCACAGCACUUGGCAAUGCGGGUUCCCGUCAUCCACCACCACGGCUCCAACACCCUGAACUUCGACUUCCACGCCCCAGAGGCCCAUGGCGUGGCUGAACAUGGCCGGGGGCCCCCCAAGAGCUCAGUGAGCGAGUGGUACCAGACCUGGCCGGCCAAGGAGGGGAAGACACGCAGCCCCCCAGCACCCGCCGGCCCCACACCCGGCCCCGGGGCUGCCCCGCCCUGUCCCCGGCCCCCAGGCUGGUCAGCAACGUGGACCAAGGACAGCAAGAGGCGGGAGCGGCGCUGGGUCAAGUACGACGGCAUCGGGCCGGUGGAUGAGACCGGGAUGCCCAUCGCCUCGCGCUCGAGCGUUGACCAGCCCCGGGACUGGUACCGCAGCAUGUUCCGGCAGAUGCACCGCAGGCUGCCAGAGCCCGACUGGGAGCCCCAUCCCUGCCCCACGGGUAAGCUCAGCCCCUCGCUGCCUCCAUCCCCCCCAGUGCCUCGGAUGAAGCCAGCCUUGCCCAACGGGGAUGGGCCCAGCUGGGGUGUCACUGGUGCCACCACGGAGCCUGGCAGCAUCUUUGACUAUGAACCAGGGAACUCCUCACUGCCGGAGCAGCCCCCGGCAGCGGUGCCACCAGCACGGGCUCACCCCAUCGAGGUGCUGCUGGAGCAGGAGCUGGAGCAGCUCAGCGUGGAGCUGGACAAGGACAUGAGGGCCAUGGAGACACGUUGGGAGCCCUGCCAGCGCCCGGCGCCGGCUCCCACCGCCCGCGGCCCCGCUCCGGCCCCUCCGGCCCCUCCGACCCCGCGGUCCCGGCUGCAGACCCCCGGCAUGGAGCGGAGCAUCCUGGGGCUGGGCAGUGACCGGAGCCGCGCAGCCCCCGGCAGAGACACCCUCCGGCCAGCGACCCUCCCCAGCCUGUCCGACAUGGGGGACCCAGCAGAGGCCAUCAGGAGGGAGGAGAAGAAGAUGAAAGCUGCUCGCCUCAAGUUUGACUUCCAAGCUGAGUCACCCAAGGAGCUGACGCUGCAGAAGGGGGACAUCGUCUACAUCCAUAAGGAGGUGGACAGGAACUGGCUGGAGGGCGAGCACCACGGCCGUGUGGGCAUCUUCCCCUCCAACUACGUAGAGAUCCUGCCCUCCACGGAGGUUCCCAAGCCCAUCAAGGCACCCACCAUCCAAGUGCUGGAGUAUGGCGAGGGCCUGGCGCUCUACAACUUCCGAGGGGAGCUGCCUGUGGAGCUCUCCUUCCGCAAGGGCGAGCGGGUGAGCCUGGUGCGGCGCGUGGACCACAACUGGUACGAGGGGCGCAUCUCCGGCACGAGCCGUCAGGGCAUCUUCCCCGCCACCUACGUGCAGGUGCUGAAGGAGCCGCGGGUGAAAUCCAGCUCCGAGGAUGUCCCACCCUGUGCCGCCGCCGCCAGCCCCCGGCCCCCCGCUGCCUCCCCAGCCCCACAGCGCUCCCCCGGCCCCCCGCUGCCCACCGGCUCCCCACGAGCAUCCUCCCCAGCGUCCUCCCCCCGGCACCUUGGCUCCACCUUCCCCCCAUCCCCAAAACUGCCCCAUAGCGCCCCAAACCCCUCCCUGGCCCCCCGCAGCCCCCCGCACCCCACAGCCCAGCACCAGGAGCCGUGGCGCCCAGCCGGUGCCCCCGAGCAGCGCGCAGCCCCAGGGGCACCCCCUGGCACCCGCCCCGAGCCCGCCCCGUCCUACAACGGCUCCGAAAUCCAGUGGACACCGUACCGCGCGCUCUACCAGUACCGGCCCCAGAACGCCGACGAGCUGGAGCUGCUGGAGGGGGACCGGGUGGACGUGAUGCAGCAGUGCGACGACGGCUGGUUUGUGGGCGUGUCCAGGAGGACGCAGAAGUUUGGCACUUUUCCUGGCAACUACGUGGCUCCGGUGUGAUCCGUGGCGUGGAGAGGAGGAUUCCGGCCAUGCUGCUCCCUGCCACGUCCCCUCCGUGUCCCCCCAUGGGGACAAAGUGCCUCCAGCUCCCUCCUGCCCCUAUGGGGCUGCUCUAACAGGGACCAAUCCCUACAUAGGGGGAUCUCCCGCAAUCCAGUGCCUUAACCAGACCCCUCCUCGGUGCCUUGUGUCCCUCCAUCCCGAGGGGUCACCGUACCGCUCCCUCCUCCCCGGCCAGUGCCGGGGUGUCCUGGCUGGUGCCGGGGCCUGACCAUGACGGCCAUGACCCGAGAUGUUGGUCCAGGGCCGUGCCACGUGCCUGGGAGUCGCGGUUGCUUCUUGUCCAUCAUUAAAGCUCAGCUCAGCCCAAG